ACAGUUUCACUGUCAGGUAUUCCAGGGAAGAUGAACAUACUGGGCAUCAAACUGAUAUUCUUGCAACUCUUCACUGGACACUUGUGUUCAGCACAGAAAGUGAAAACAUCUAUGAAUCAUGAAGUGGUGUUAGGGGGUAAUGUUACCUUCAAAUGUGCAUUAAUGGGUUCAGACGAUGUUCUACAAGUCACCUGGCAAAAGCUAAAUGGUCAUUCUGAGAAAAACACGGCUACAUUUAGUAAAAAAUAUGGAUCAAAUAUAUUUGGGUCAUUUGAAGGUAGAGCAACUUUCAUCCCAUCAGAAGUAACAGUGUCCAUAAUUAAUCUUUCUGGAGUGAGGUUUGAAGAUGAAGGAUGUUAUCAAUGUCUCUUCAAUACAUUCCUAGAUGGAGCUAAAGUUGGGAAGACCUGCCUUUCGGUGCAUGUAAUGCCUGAAGCAACACUACAGUCCAGUGCCACUGAUGCUGCUACAAACAGUAAUGGCUCUUCUGAUUUUGUGGCAACUUGUUCAGCCACAGGACGACCAGCUCCAGUAAUCACAUGGGAAACAACGAGCAGUGUGACUGUACUGUCCACCCAAUCCUCAACAAUGGUCCUAGAUGGAAGAGUAAAGAUCACAAGCAAUCUGACAGUGGCUAAAGCUGGUGCUGCUGAUUGUAAAGUGAUCUGUGUGGUGAAUCAUCCAGCACUGAAAAGGGCAAUCACUUUAGAGGAUUUUCUUCAAACAACAUCUUCGGAUCAAGUGAAAAACAAAUCACCUAUUUUGAUUGCAUGUGCAGCAAUUAUUAUAGUGGUGGUAUGUCUGGCAAUCUGGAAUUGGAGAAAUAAAUUGAAAAGUUUGAUUCAGAAGCAGGAACCAGGAAUUCCGCCAAAUACCAGGACAACAACAAUAAUAACAGAGGGUCGCAUUUUGGAGCUAUUAAAUAACCCAAAUGAUCCGCCUGAAGAAAACAUUAUAUCUAUACUUAACCAGAAAAUCAAACAAAGAUUCUCUCCUUCAAAAGGGCAAAAUUAUACUCCUGAAAAGGAAAAAUUGAAAUGGCGAUCUCCUGCACGUCUUAGAAAUUUGACUUGUCACAGUCAAAAUAGCUCACCAUACAAAAUAUUGGGUGUAUCAUCCGAACACGUAAAUGUGAAUAUAAACUAUCCUUCAACGCCCAGUUCGUACUUAGGUGAAAGUGCACAAUGUGAACAAUAUGAGGUACCAUGUGCCACAAACGAAAAGAACUGUAAACGAUCAUUGCUGAAAAAUCUUAUGGUUCAAAUAGAGUAGUCAAACUAAAUUUUCUUUCAUAUAAAAUAUCUUUCACUUUUGUUGUUUGAAUCUUCAUUAUUUUUCUUCUUUUCAUUCACCAAUAUCCAACAAAAAAGCUCAUAACUUUCUUUAAAACAAAGUGCUAGGUAAAUGUCACACGCCCUUGUAACAAAUACUCAUAUAAUACAACUGAUCCAACCUGUUAAAUCUCUUUCCUUCAUAUUUUACUAUUCAAUUUCAAUUGAUGAUGUGUUUAAAAUUUUUAAUGUCUGUCUGUAUCAAUGCUGAAAAGCUUUACUUGUGGUCAUAAAAAGCUUUGUUUUGUAAAUAAGUUGUCGAACAUUAGAAUAGUUACUCUAUUUUCUUUAACUUGUUCUGUCAAUUCACAAAUAAAAAUGAUCAAAUCUUC